AUGUUGGUCGAUCCCCGUGAUGUGCAACAAGAGUUGUACAAAGUUGAGUACGUUGAAGGUAGCAAUGAAGCGACGCUCUACAAGUCAGUCCUUCCGGCUCCCUUUCGCGAUGAUGCUACCGAAUUCGAUGCUCGCCACCAUAGCAACACGGAGGUUCAAACUGGCAACAGAGCUGCACAUACUGUGUACAAAUGUUUGCCUCCUGAACAACGCUAUCAAAAGUUGACUCUGCGAUUCGGCCAUGAUGUCAAGUUGACAGAAGCUCCAUUUUGGAGUCACGCAUGGGGUUCAUGGGAGAGGGAACUGACACUGCUGAGUUGA